GUGAACUUAGAAGCCUGCAGUGCCGUAAAUCUCUACAGGCAUGGCUUGGAAAGGUUUGGAAGCGUUAUUGCUCUUUCUGGUCCUCAUAUCAUGCCAGACUUGGUCCAUCCAAUCAGCUCCUCUCUCCUCCUACCUGGUAUCAUCCUUUACCCCUCCUGACUCUGAAUCCACCCUACCAUUCAACCACAUCGCCAUCAACAACAUCACUGGAGAUGUCUAUAUUGGAGCACGGGAGAGGCUGUACCAACUCGACUCGAAACUAAAUCUCAAGCACACGGUCGAUACUGGACUCUGCCCCUCGCCAAAUGAUGAGAAUGUCAAUGAUAAUAAACUCCUUGCCGUCGUGAUAACACCAAAGAACUAUUUGCUCAUCACUUGUGGUGGUUGUGAUGGUUACUGUGAAUCAAGGAGCCUGACUAAUAUAUCACAUGAUGUUAUAAGAUAUGAUUUAGCCAAUAGUCAGAGUGUUAUAACAACAGAUGAUGUUCCUACUGUCGGAGCUGUUGUUGUUGGUGCUGACUUUGUAGAUAAUGCUGAGGGUACUCCAAAUGAAAAAUUUUACCUAUUCACAGGGGUCAGUGGUGGCGGAAUUUCCUUUAUUGCAAAGCACAAUCUUGUAAACCUGAGGAUAGGUCAAAACAUACCAAGGGGGUUUGUCAAAUCGGAGGGUUUAUUCAAACACUUAGUUGUUUACAAGGAUUAUCUGUACUAUUUCAUAUCUAGAGAAAACAAUGUGUACUUAGGACGUCUGUGUCGUAAUUCAUUAGAUAUAAAUUUCGCGUCUUACACAGAGACAGAGCUACAGUGUGGGUCUUACAAUAUGAUCCAAUCUGCUCAUAUCGGACCUGCAGGAUCCCAGCUAGCUGACUCAUUGAAUAUCGACAGCACUGAUGCCUUAUUGUACACGGUAUUUUCAAAUGAAAGCUCAACUUUCCUCUGUGUCUAUAAGAUGAGUGAUGUCCAGCAGAGCUUUCACGUUGCUGUCUUAGGAUGUAUCCAAGGAACUAGCACUGGUACAACGAACAGUUACCUAGAUGACAGCAGGUGUCGUGAAUCUCCACUUUCGUUCACGCCACCAGACUCGGUCCAAUGUACUGCCUUUUAUUUAGAAGAUGGUAGCCCGCCGUUUAUCCAUAGAUACGCCAGUGGAACGGUUCCCCUCUCUACCUCACCCAUCAUCACCAUUCCUGAUGUGAUACCCACCUCCAUAGUGACAACCAUAGAGAGACAUCAUACAGUGGCAUUCAUCGGAGAUACACAGGGAUACCUCCAUAAGUUGAACAUAGUCAACGGUUCAUUUGGCUACGUAUAUGAAGAUGUCUUCGUUGGAGGUGGAUCUGUCUUACAAGAGAUAUUUCUUGAUGAAUCGAAAGAGCGGCUUACCCUUGCUACAAGUUCAGACCAAGGUUCACAGGUUCUCACGUUAGAGUUAGUCAACUGUAGCCAGUACCAGAGCUGUGUUGAAUGCAUUGGCGAGGAUGGAGGAAAUGAUGGAGACCCUUACUGUGGAUGGUGUACUCUAGAGGCGAGUGUGUAUUCCUCUCAGAUGUCCAGCCUGAUCAUAGACUGCCUUACCAAGAGACAGAACAAGAAGUAG